AUGUCAACGCAAAAUCGAAAUCCAAGUCAUAACAGCGAUGCAAAAAAGACUGGUGAAGCAACUAAAACCUCUCUCAAAGAUGGUAGUUCUGUAACCAAGAGGUUGCAACGGGAACUGAUGACUUUAAUGAUGUCAGGAGAUUAUGGUAUAUCUGCUUUCCCUGACAACAAUAAUAUGUUUCGGUGGAUUGGUACUAUUAUUGGUGCGAAAGGAACUGUUUACGACAGUCUAGAGUAUAAAUUAACCCUGGAAUUUCCAAGCGGUUAUCCUUACAAAGCCCCAACAAUUCGCUUCGAAACACCUUGCUAUCAUCCUAACGUUGACCAAUGGGGUAAUAUAUGCUUGGAUAUAUUAAAGGAAGAAUGGUCUGCCCUAUAUGAUGUAAGAUCAAUAUUAGUAUCGCUCCAGAGCUUGUUAGGAGAGCCAAAUGUUAAAAGCCCAUUGAAUACCCAAGCUGCCAGCUUAUGGGAAAAUCAAGAAGAAUACAAGAAGGUGUUAUUGGAAAAAUACCGCAGUGCUACCUCUCAGUCUAAAUCAAAAUGA